AAACGGAAAAUAUUUACUCAGAAAUCCUAAAUUUAUUGAAUCUAAUCCACCCAAAUUCAUUACAACUCCUAACUGCUAAUUUCCAGAUAAUUUGCAGUUUCGUCAUUAACGACUUGAAGGCCGGCAUCGUCAUUACACUUCGCUUUCACGGAAACAAGCUCGUGGCUUUGCUUUUGCUUUGGUGUUUCUUUUUUUGGUGGCGGAUUUAAUCAUUACUAUCAGUUAAUUUCGUUUCCCCCGAAGAUGGGAUCGGAUAGAGCACUGCAAUCUCGGGGAUGACUGUGUUGAAGUGGCGGAUUGAGUCGAGAUUUGUGGGAUUUUGUGGUACAAGGAAAGAUAAAAAUGCUGUCUUUAUCGACAGCUCGGAGCUCUUUGGAGGAAAUGCUGGAGUCUCUGCGGCGAGAGGAGGAGACCCAGACGCCGGGGGACUUGCCGCCGGCUCUGCCUCCGAGGCCUAAGGCCACAUCUCGUGCUCGCCUUCCUUCCCCCAAGAGGAGGCCGUCUUUGCCUGUGGGCGCGUCGAGUUGUGCUGUGAAUAAGGAAGGAAGCGUAGGAGAGAGAGAGAAUUGUUUUGGGGCCGAGAAAGUUGAGGAAUUGGAAGAUGGGGAUGAGGAUGAGGGCAAUCGGAAGAAACUUCGGGUUUGGUGUCGACGACAUGAUUACCUAUGGGAAUCUGGGCAAAUAAGAUCAAACUCAGGGGAGAAAGCUUUGGUUCUGCUACCGGAUGGAACUGUUGUGACAGUUCCGACACAAGACCUCCUACCAGCCAAUCCGCAUAUACUUGAUGAAGUUGAUGAUCUUGCACAACUGAGUUAUUUGAAUGAGCCUUCAGUUCUUCACAAUCUCCAGUAUAGAUAUACAAAAGAUAAUAUAUAUAGUAAGGCAGGCCCUGUAUUACUAGCCAUCAAUCCUUUUAAAAGUGUCCCGAUAUAUGGGGAUGAUAUAGUUACUGCUUACAGAAAGAACCUUUUGGACAGUCCUCACGUUUAUGCUACUGCUGAUGCAGCAUAUAAAGCAAUGAUAGCAGAUGAAGUAAACCAGUCUAUCAUUAUCAGUGGAGAAAGUGGCGCUGGCAAGACUGAGACAGCUAAGAUUGCAAUGCAAUAUUUGGCAGCUCGUGGUGGAGGUGGCGAUGUAAUAGAAUCGAAAGUCUUGCAAACAAGCUGCAUACUGGAGGCUUUUGGAAAUGCCAAAACAGCCAUGAACAACAACUCUAGCCGAUUUGGAAAAUUAAUUGAAAUCCACUUCGGUGCUGCUGGAAAAAUGUGUGGUGCUAAAAUACAAACCUUCCUCCUUGAUAAGUCAAGAGUUGUUCAGUUAGCCCAAGGAGAGCGGUCAUAUCACAUUUUCUAUCAGCUCUGCUCUGGUGCUCCUUCUGGUCUCCGAGGUAGGCUAAGGUUAAGAGGUGCUUCUGAAUACAAAUAUCUCAAUCAGAGUGAAUGUUUGGAGAUCCCCAACAUUGAUGAUGCUCAGAAGUUUCAUGAUCUUAUGGAAGCCUUAGAUUCUAUCAGAAUCUGUAAAGAAGAUCAAGAGUACGCCUUCGAGAUGCUUGCUGCAGUUUUGUGGCUGGGGAACAUAUCGUUUGUUGUAACUGACAAUCAAAAGCAUAUUGAGGUUGUUUCUGAUGAAGCUGUUACAAAUGCUGCUGGCUUGAUGGGCUGUUUCGAGCAAGACCUGAUACUUACUCUGUCAACCCGGAGGGUACGAGCUGGAAAGGAUGAGGUCACCAAAUCUCUGACACUUGAACAGGCAAUUGCCACAAGAGAUGCAUUAGCAAGUUUUAUUUAUGUGAGCUUGUUCGACUGGCUUGUGGAGAAGAUUAACUUAUCACUUUCCAUGGGGAAAGAUAAUAUGGGGUGCUCAUUGUGUGCAGUUGUGUCCCAUUUUAAACAAUCUUACUGGGAUUCUUUGACUGCUUUUUUGCACCAGAAGAAUAACUUCGAACAGUUUUGCACCAAUUAUGCUAAUGAGCGGCUCCAGCAACAUUUGAAUCAACAUCUCAUCAAACAUGAGCAAGAAGAGUAUGAGUUGGAUGGAAUUGACUGGAAUAAAGUAGAGUUUGAAGAUAACCAAGAAUGUAUAGAUCUUUUUGAGAAGAAACCUAUUGGGCUGAUGCCGAUACUGGAUGAAUUAUCCAAUCUUCCCAAAGCUACAGAUUUAACAUUUUCUGCUAAACUUAAGCAUCACUUAAGUAAUAACCGUUGCUUUCAAGGAGAAAGAGGUGGAACAUUCCGCAUUCGUCAUCAUGCUGGGGAGGUUCUUUAUGAGACGGAAAAAUUCUUGGAAAAAAAUCGGGAUCAAGUACAUUCUGAAAUUAUCGAGCUAUACGCAUCCUGCACUGGUCGACUUCCUCAAUCUUUUGCCCCUCUACUUAAGCAAUCCCAGAAUCUAGACAGUGCAUCGGUGCAGUCAGAGAUGUCAGUUUGUAAGAAACAAAGUGUUGCCACAACAUUCAAGGGGCAGCUGUUCAAAUUGAUACAACAUCUGGAAAGCACAAAACAACAUUUUAUUUGCUGCAUAAGACCAAAUAAUAAGCAGAUUCCUGGUGCAUUUGAAAAAGAUAUUGCCCUGAGGCAGCUUCGUUGCUGUGGGAUUCUGCAAGUUGUCAGGAUUUCGAAGUCUGGGUAUCCGAUGCAGAUGACUCAUCAAGAGUUUACAAAAAGGUAUGUGUCCCUACUCGGGGAAACUAAGGACAGUCAGGAUCCGUUAAGUCUGUCAAUUGCCAUUCUGCAGAAGUUCGGUAUCUUGCCAGAGAUGUACCAAGUUGGCUAUACAAAGUUAUACUUUCGAAAAGGACAGAUUGAUGUUUUGGAAGAUGUUAGAAAACAAGGUACUCUUGAGUUGCAGAAGUGUUUCAAUGGCCGUCAUGCAUGCCAAGACUUCUGUAAACUCAAGGAAGAAGUACUGACAUUGCAAUCAUAUAUUCGUGGUGAAAUUGCUAGAAAGGAGUAUGGUGCCUUACUUGGGUUGAAAAAGCAGGUUAUCCGUACGAGGCCAGACAAGUUGUUUAUGGCAAUUGUGCAAAUACAGUCAGUAAUUCGUGGAUGGUUGGCCCGCAAACAGUUUAAUCACCUCCGGAACUCUAAACAGUUGAAUGUUAGUAAUCCGAAGCAAGGCAGGAGAAUUUCUGAAGUCAAGGAUCCGCAACAAGAAACGCUGUCGUUGGUUGUUGAAGAACUACAGAAGCGUGUGUCAAUGGCGGAAGCAACACUUGGACAAAAGGAAACAGAAAAUAUGGGUUUGAGAGAGCAGUUGGUACAGUAUGAAGUCCGAUGGUCUGAAUAUGAAGCCAAGGUGAAAUCCAUGGAGGAGAUGUGGCAAAAGCAGAUAACAUCUCUACAAAUGAGCUUGGCUGCAGCCAAGAAGAGCCUUAUUGCUGAAAAUGCUAUAAACCCUGCUAGAAGGCUCGAUGGCGCACAAUCCCCUCCAUUUUAUGAAUCCGAGGACAUGUCUAUGGGAACUCAGACUCCGGGUGGUAGCACCCCAAUGAGAUAUCCUAACAAUGGAAUCGAUGACACAAAUGGAAGUUUGAACCCGGUGAGCCAUCUGACCAAGGAGUUUGAGGACAGAAGACGAGCUUUCGAUGAAGAAGCACUAGCAGUUGUAGAGGUCAAGUCGGACCAAUCGCCUAUACAUGCUGUGGAGGAAUUCCGGAGGCUGAGACAGAGGUUCGAAGCAUGGAAGAGAGAUUACAAGGGGAGGUUGAAGGAAGCAAAGGGGAAGGUGUACAAGCUGGGGCGAAACGAUGCAGAGAAACACAGGCGGAAAUGGUGGGGGAAGAAAAGCAAAAGAGGAUAGCAUGGCGCUCGGAAUAUGUAUAUAUCAAUUUUGUUGUUGCAUUUUAAGUCUCGAUUGUUCUCCCGUGUUCGUGUAUAGUAUCUAUCCACCGUGUAAUUAGUGUAUGGAACGAAGCUCGGAUGUAAUACGUUUAGGAAACGAUCAAAUUUGAGGUUAUGUUUUUCCA